AGCGAAGCUAGGCCUUCACUGCCUCCAACUGUCGAAAUGGAAAUAUCCGCUUUUCGAAAUAGUACUCACAGGAUUGGAAAUAUCCGCUUUUCGACGAGGUCUUACUGCUAUCGUCCAGGCAUAGCUAGCUCGCUGGAGUGACGAGACCGGGAUUGCGGUUUUCGGCCCUCCUCCGAAAUUCGGCCUGCUCCUCUGCCGUCCAUUUAGGGCAAGGAACCAUGUCGCCGUCGUCGCCAGAACUCCCCACCGUCCUGCUCAUCGGCGAAAUCACCCACAGCAACGAUAAGUGGGAGUCGCUCAAGAGCAAGUACAAGCUCCUCGAGUUCCGCCGCGGCACGCGCCAGCAGUUCCUCGCAAACCUGCGCGCUGGCGUGUACGAUGCCGUGCGCGGGUGCUACCGGUCGAAUCAGUCGACCGCGUUCACGGGGCCGUUCGACCAGGAGCUCGUCGCCGCCCUCCCGGCGUCGUGGAAGUUCAUCGCCCACAACGGCGCCGGGUACGACAACAUAGACGUCGAGGCCUGCAGCGCGCGCCGCAUCGCCGUCUCGUCCACCCCCGGCGCCGUCGACGAUGCCACCGCCGACACCACCAUCCUCCUUCUGCUCGGCGCCCUGCGCCAGGCCCACGAGCCGCUCGUCGCCCUGCGCGAGGGCCGUUGGAAGGGCCGCCAGCGCCUCGGUCACGACCCGCGCGGCAAGGUUCUCGGUAUUCUCGGCAUGGGCGGCAUCGGCCGCGCCGUAGCGCACCGCGCGCGUAGCUUCGGCAUGGACAUCAUCUACCACAAUCGCCGCCGGCUCGACCCGGCGCUCGAGCAGGGUGCGCGCUACGUCUCGUUCGCCGAGCUUCUCGCGCGCGCCGACGUGCUGUCGCUGAACCUGGCGCUCAACGAGUCGACGCGGCACAUCAUUUCGGCGCCGGAGUUGGCGCAGACGAAGCCGGGCGUCGUGAUCGUGAACACGGCGCGCGGCGCGCUCCUCAACGAGGCCGACCUCGUCGCUGCCCUCGCCUCGGGCCACGUCUCCGCUGUUGGGCUCGACGUGUUCGAGAACGAGCCUGCCAUCCACCCGGGUCUCGUCGCCAGCGACCGCGCCUUCCUGCUGCCGCACAUCGGCACGUCCACUUACGAAACCCAGCGCGACAUGGAGCUGCUCGUCAUCCAGAACCUCGAGGCCGCCAUCGACCACGGCCGCAUGCUGACGCUGGUCGCCGAGCAGAAGGGCCUCGAUUGGGCGCCGAAGAAACCGGGCGCGUGAGACGGGGGAGGAGAGGAGAAUGGGCCGGGGCGGGCGCAUAUGGGAUUCACAGGGGCUGCAUUUGCCGUUAGGCGGUCAUAUACCUGUAGGCACUUAUACCGCGAUAGAGAAUAUUUCCUUGAACGGGUGCAUGUCGCCAUCAAUGGAGCAAUAUGCUGCAGCGCUUCUUAACGGUAGACGGACAUGGCUGGCAUCCAAAUCCGGUACCAGUUCUGCCGGUAGAUGCUAACCACAAAGCUCGGUAUCGCGCCAAAGGACCAGAGAACCGACCGCUGGGACGACGGACAAGCCCGUAAGCAUACACAUACACAUAUGCGGGUAAAUACACAUAGGCAGACGCCUCCGACAC